AUGCUCAAAGUGUUGAUCUUUGCGUUUUUGGCCAGCAAGUUUUCGUUGGCCUUCGAAUGCUUCACCUGCAACACCAAUGAUCGCAAUCAGGGACCUUGCAUCGAUCGGGUAUUGUUAAAAGAAUAGAAAUACACCCUUCCACUCAAAAUCGUGCAUAACAAAUUCUGAAUCCUCUGUUUUCCAACGACAGAAAUCUUUCACAAUUAUUCGCAGCUGAUGGGAAUAGCUCUUCAAGUUCAAGAAACACCUUAAAUAUAAAAUUCUCUCCAAACUUGACUUCGUGGCGCAGUGCCUGAUCAAUUACUCUACCGAACUUUUGCAAAGUGCAGUGCCUAUGGCGGCAUUCUGCAAAAAAGCUUCAUGCAUUUUGCAAAUCAGUGCUUUGCAUUUUGCACAGAAGUACCUCGCAUUUUGCACUUUUUUCUCUGUACAAAAGUGAGCCCAAAAAAAAAUGCAAAAUGCGAGGUUUUUCUGGGCAAAAUGCAAAGCACUGAUUUGCAAAAUGCAUGAAGCUUUUUUGCAGAAUGCCGCCACAAUUCUGUAGAGUUCGACGUCAAUUUUUCAGGUCGAUGCCUGUGAGCUCCUUUUUUCAGGAGAUUUGGCAUUCCUUUUUGCUUAUUAUUUUUUCUAUUGAUCUUCUCUUUCGAGGUAGCAGAGGCAAAAGUAAAGUCCUGUUGGCUAAAUUAAUCCCACAUUUGACAAGUAAAAAGUGCGUCAGAUCUUUAUUUUUCAAAAAUUCCAACCACCUACCCUCAAACUCUCUUUUUUCAGAAAACAGUGUGUCGAAACUCGUCGUCGUGCUCAAUGGCGGUGAUGUUCCGCGACGGGAAGUCCGUUGUCCGAAAGUUCUGCACGCCUCCCAGCACGCCAAUUUAUCAGUACCUGAUGAUGCUCUCUGGAGCCAGCAUGUGUCAAAACGUCGAUCCGGUGAGAUUCAAGUUCCUUCAGCGACUCUUUGAUCGGGAAACUUCAGAAAGAGGUGCAGUUCAGCAGGACGAAACGGCAGCAGGAUCCGGCACCCCCGGCGACUCCAGGAGAGCAGGUUUGGCUGGAGUUUUCCCAUAUUUUGGAUGGAGAAAUGUUCAAUUUAGGCCUCACUUCUGUGCGUCUGUACAACACCGCUUUGUAACAGAGGAUCUUAUAUAAAGGUGAGUUGAAACACUUGAAUUUAUUCGCCUAACUUUUUCUUUUGAAACUUUUUCUGGAACAUGAAAACACUAUUUUCGUUUUUGACUAAAUCGGCAACUGAAGCUGCCUUUGUUUGACGGCUAACUAUCUACUCAAGCGACUUCACGAAGUAAAAUUUAGUUUUCUUCGCGACGCUGUGGCGAGUUUCUCAAAGAAUACCUGAACUCUAAAGCUGCCCCUUCAACUUUCGCCACCAAAAAUCAUCCCAUCAAGGCGCGAAUAAACAGACAAAAACGUUUCAACCCAAUACAUUUCUCGUUUCGAUUUGAUGGCACAAUGUAUUUGAAGGCGAAAAACUCGCUUUCAGGUCGUCGAGAACACGAUGCUGAACAACCUGCCGCAAAGGCUCCUGGCUCCUCCGACGGACGAUUUCAAAGGAAAAGGACGGCCUUUGGAGGUGCUCGACGAAAGUCUCGCUCAGCAGAUGGCCGACGCCGGAUUCUGA